AUGAACAUAUACUGUAGUUUUAAAACGUGUCCGUGGUCUACGAAGAUAUUCUGUGAAAAUAAAUAAAUUCGAUAAUAUUUAAUAUGCUAAUGAAUCAGUCAUUAAAUACAUUAGGAUGUAACCCAGCUGACAUUCAGAUCCAGCUUCCUUGGGUCGAUACCCGCCCACUGACAACCAGACCCGUGCCGUCGUGCACGCCUGUCGGUGCCGCGCCCACAGGUUCCCGGUCCUGAACCGGAGGGAGCAGCAUCAGCAGCGGUGGGUCGGUUUCUCCUCACUGAGACGCAGCAGAACGCCUGGGAGGAACGGAUUGGUGUCCAGCUCCACCAGCAGCGCUUACGGAUUAUCCGCGUUGACGCCCGCAUGUUCCGGAGCUCCUGUCGGGAUCGGACCCGAAACCAUCAGACCUGAGGUGGUGCUGCACAGCAGUGUUGCAGCUGCAGCAGGGGAAGGAGGAAGCUACAAAAGGCCUUCCCUACACCAAACAGGGGAGUCUUGCUCACUGAAGCAUCUUCUAUGGCUUUUCUCUGACUAGAUCAAAAAUCAGAGUUUCUACCUGUUCUGGAUUCAACCUGGAACAGCAGGGAAAUACCUCUCCAUUUAGGUAAACUGUUAUUGUGGAUCAGACUGAACUAGCCUGCCUGCUGACUUAUAUGCUGAUCCAUCACUUUGUCUGUCUAAGGGGCAAUCUGAUGACAGGAUUUCAGAGGAAGGAGAAAAAGGACUACCUGCUAUGGCCAGUGCAGCUGAUUGUCCAGGUAAUCUAGGAGCUGAGCAGAACACCCUGAGCGUCCCUAUUGCUGAUCAUGGAGCCUGGGCCACGGCCAUGAACAACCUGGGCAUCAUGACUGUGGGCAUCAGAGGGCAGCAGCUGGUUUCAGACUCUCUGUGUAUCCCAAGAUUUGACCCUGGUCUGGGCAUCAUUGCACCAAUAAACCCCAUGAUGGCGGGCAUCAGCCUGGUCCCACCUCCACCUGUUCCCCCCGAUGUGCCUGUCAUUAAGGAAAUUAUCCACUGCAAGAGCUGCACUCUCUUCCCUCAGAACCCCAAUCUGCCCCCUCCAUCGACACGGGAGCGCCCCCCUGGGUGUAGGACUGUGUUUGUGGGAGGCCUGCCCGAGAAUGCCACAGAAGACAUCAUCAGGGAGGUGUUUGACCAGUGUGGGGAGAUCACUGCCAUCCGCAAGAGCAAGAAGAACUUCUGCCACAUUCGUUACAGUGAGGAGUUUAUGAUUGACAAAGCUAUAUACCUGUCAGGAUACCGGAUGCGCAUUGGUUCCAGCACUGAUAAGAAGGACUCUGGGAGGAUCCACGUGGACUUCGCUCAAGCCAGAGAUGACCUGUACGAGUGGGAGUGCAAACAGCGUCUAUUAGCAAGAGAGGAAAGGCAUCGGCAAAAGAUUCAUGAAGAGCACCUGCGUCCGCCGUCUCCUCCUCCCAUCGAGCACUACUCUGAACAUGAGGCGGCACUGCUAGCAGACAAACUAAAAGACGACAACAAAUUCAGCGAGGCCACGGCGGUGCUCUUCACCUGGAUUGACCGGGGCGAAGUCAACCGCAGGACUGCCAACCACUUCUACUCUAUGAUCCAGUCGGCAAACAGCCACGUUCGCCGGCUGAUGAGUGAGAAGGCCCUGCAUGAGGAGGAGAUGGAGCGGGCCAAGGAAAUCUUCAAGAACGCUCUGAUGGCCAUAUUAACACAGUUCGAGCAGAUCACCGCCAUUUUCACGGCCGCCACCAGGCAAAAGGCAUGGGACCAUUUCUCAAAAGCACAGCGCAAGAACAUAGACAUUUGGCGCAAGCAGUGUGAGGAGCUGAGAAAUGCUCACAGCGAGGAGAUCAUGGGCAUCAGACGAGAAGAGGAGAUGGAGAUGUCAGACGACGAUUCAGAUGAUAUUCCCAACAAGAGGGUCCGCACUGAAGAAAAUGGAGUGUGUGAUCAGACCCAGGCUUCUCUAAAGGAGGAGAACGACUCUCUGCGCUGGCAGCUGGAAGCAUACAGGAAUGAAGUGGAGCUUCUGAAGAAGGAGCAGAGCAGAGUCAGCCAGCCAGAUGACGAUAAUGCUCACACACAAGCACACACACAUGCUCACUGUCCGGAGGCUCAGAUCCAGCUGCUGCAGCAGAGCAUGCACAACAUGCAGCAGCAACUCGUGAGCCUACAGGAGAAGCUGUCGAGUAAGGAGACUGAGCUGGAGCAGGCGAGAGAGGAGCAUCGCUACCUGGAGAUGGAGGUGCUCUCACUCAGAGACAGGCUGUUGAGUAGUAAAGGCGAAGCUGUUGAGGGAACCAAUGGAGAGCUUCAUGAAAAGAGCAUGAAUGGGUGCGUUCCCUCGCUGUACCUCAGCAGAGACAGGAGGAGUGAGUUCAUGAGAGGAGGAGUCGCUUCAGAGAAAGAGGCUCUGCUACUAGGCAUUAUAUCCACCUUCCUCCAUGUCCAUCCAUUUGGGGCCAAUCUUGAGUAUCUUUGGUCGUACAUUCAACGGCUGGACUCAAAGGUAUCUGCAGGGGAGCUGGAGCGCCUCAUGGUGCGUCUACCCAGUAUGUUUAGGCAGGAGCUAAGUGGCGUCGGUGCGACUUUGGAGAAACGAUGGAAGUUCUGUGGCUUCGACAGCCUCAGCUCGGCGUGACGCAGGAAGCGUGCACACACACAAGGGAAAGACCUUUAAAAAAUUGUUUGUGUGUGCACUGCUGCUCAUGCCUCCGGAAGUGACUGGGGAUCGAUACCCAGUCGAGCACUGGAACUCAUGGACUAAAUGAAAAUAGAAGCCUGAGAGAAGCUCAUGGUUCAGCAAACGGCUUCAAAGUUCAGGUGAAUUUAUGUUCCAUAAUAAAGACGAUUAGCUCAGUAAACCCCAGCAGGACAUAAUACCUUUGAGGCUUAAUAAUGAACACCAGUCUUGAAGAAGGUUUCCUGGCUGUCUGGCCUUUAAAGCAGCCUGGAACAUGAAGCCUCCCAGCAGGAACCGGCCCACAGAAAUAUGGACAGAAAAAGCGGAAUACCAAAGUUGACCCUUUAGAUAUUUCAUACCAGACCUCAUUUUGUAAACUGAUUAGUGCAAGCCCUUCGCUCUCAUGUUGUAAAGAAACUGACUGAGUACUGUGUCCAAAUUAUUGCUGGGUCUCUUGGAGAAUGAUGGCAGCACUGUUAGAUCAGAACUGGGUUUGGUCUGGAAAGGUGUUUUAAAUUGCAUCUGUUUUCUCUUCAUAUUGCAAACAUUCACAGAAACCUUUACUACUGGGAUGUUUUCUAAUGGUGUGUCUAUCUUUUCAUCCCCUGUAGAGUCAUCAGGAGCUGGGGAACUUACCCUUUGAAUACUUGACAGUUUAGAACUGCACUGAUCUGUCAACUUCAUAUAUUUAUUUGUGAACUGUUAAGAUGUUUGUUCUAUGAGGUUUUCCUCUUGACGGUACUUCUGUCCAGAUUUGGAGUAUUUUGCUUAUAUUGCCUUUAAUGUUGAACUUGGUGUGUGCCGAAGACACAAAAAAAUGACAUUAAAGAAUUUUAUGGAACAUUU